AUAUGAAAUGCAGAGAGGCAGGAAAUAUGAGAAGAAUUCUUCUAUUUGGCAUUUUAAAAGGUUACUUUCUUUGGCCAAUAUAUGGCCAACAAUCUAUAUCGAUUUCUUUGCCAAAGAAGAUGAUGGCACUAAGUGGAUCUUGCAUAGAGAUUCCUUGCAGUUUUAGUUACCCAGAAUCAAUUAAAAAAGUUGGAAUUGUCUGGUAUCAGUACCUACCACCUAUUCACAAGAUGAUCUACAACAGACAGAAUUCAAGUCUAGUUGACAAAUCAUUCAAGGGUCGCACAGCUUUAAUUGGGAAUUUGGAAAAAGGAAACUGCUCCCUGAGAAUUCUGAAGUUGACUUCUUCUGAAAGUAAUGUCUAUUUUCCUUGGAUUAACACUGAGAAGGAAGCCAACUUUACCGAUUCCCCAAAAACCACUGUCGUCAUAACCAUAACAAAUGAGCCUCAAACACCAGUUCAGAUUAUCCCUAAAAAUGUGGUUGAAGGUGAGGAGGUCUCCAUCACUUGUUAUGCAAAACACACGUGCCUGACUUCUAAGCCAACUCUGACGUGGAACAUAACGGGUAAUUCUACAGAAACAAAUCAGCUUCUGAAAGAUGGGGAGUGGAAUACUUCUUCAAGUAUCACCUACAUUCCUCAAUACACUGACGAUGGAAGACGUGUACAGUGCAAAUCAUUUUACUCCUCUGGACAAGCUAGGUCAAGAAUAUACACGCUAACUGUGAUGUAUGCCCCCAAAAUGGCUAUUAUGAACCACAGCCAUAAAAAUGAUCAAAUUCAUCAUGGGGAUGAAGUAAUACUUACAUGUUUGAGUACCAGUAAUCCACCAGUAAAUAAUUACACAUGGUAUAAGGAUAAUCAAGUGCUCGAUAGCAACAAUUCUUGGGUUCUACAGAUCGAGAGGAUGUCACAGAUAAAUUCUGGAAAUUAUCAAUGUAUGGCGUCUAAUUACCUAGGUGGAUCCCUGUCACCAUCUGUUUCACUAACCUGUGUUGGUUGUUCAUUUCCAAACGCCACAUUUUUUAUCAUUUUGGGAGCAGCUGGUGGAUCCAUUGUCUUUAUCCUAACUUUCAUUUUGGUGAUGUUGAGGAAACGGAAAAAAUUAAAUAACCAAAUUAUUCCAAAUGAAGUAGUUGAUUCCUCGAAUAAUGUCUAUACAAAUGUGCUCUUUUCAGACAAUGCUGUGUCUUUAGAAGACCCGUACACAUCUCUGCAGAGACACAACAGAUGCCCCGACUAUGAUGAAAUUAAGAGAUUUGGUCCACCCGAGAGGCCGUGCUCACAAACAUACCCAGAAUAUGAAGAAGUAUUUCCAUGCAAAGCCCUCGAUCACUCUUAUGAUGGUCACAAAGAAAGAAGAUGAACAGCUCAAUAAUGCAUAAUUUUAUUUUUUGCCAAGAGACUUGUUGGGACCUUCUGAAUAUCAAUAAAAAUCAGACUCUUUUAUCUGUUUCCCUUUACCUUAAACUGAACCUGUCAUAACAGAUAAAGGUUUGCAGUUUUCUAACCAUCUGGCUUGACUCAUGUUAUCAAAUGAAGUGAGUUUUCCAUUAACAUUAUUGAUAGCACAUAUUUUAAUUUAUUUACAUUACCCUUGUCUCCUGUUGAGACCAUCAAUCAUGUUUCAGUGUGUGUUACACUUGCUGUAAGACACAUCUCUACUGCAUAUCCAUCUUUGGGAAGCACAUACUCGCUUCUCAAAACAGGUUCAAUGUCCACGACAUUUUAUGUUUGCUAAAUAUAUGUAUCCUCUCUCUUUCCAUUAUUAGAUUGCCUGUCUAAAGCUGCUAAAAAAAAAAAAAAAUACUGAAUCUUUCUCUCUGUGCUGCUGCUACUCUCACCCAGAGCCUGCCCCUCCUCCGUACUGCACCUUGUAGGCAUUGAUGCAGGCAAAUAUAUUUGGUGUGCUGUUUACCAAAUGCAAGGCCAUUGCUAGGUAGCAAAAAUACCAGGGGUUUCAGCCCAUGGGUUAUUAUUAUGGUCCGUUCCACAAAUAUUAAAAUAAGCCUUCCCUCCAAAGCCACCUUAUCAGACACCCUAUGUCUAACUCUAAACCAUAGCAAUUUCAUUGAAUCACUUCAUGACACCAAAUCUUAGAAUUAACUCUUAUUAUGAAAUUUAUGUUUAAAAGCAUCUCCUGCAUUAACUCCACGCCAUGCUUUAUUUGCCACACACAUUCUGCAAUUACUCCAACCUAUUGUGUAUUAACCAUGGGUAUGUGUGUAGUAUUUGCGUUUGAAUGCAGGCAUGACAUUAGCAUCUACAGUAAACACGCUAUCACAUACACAAAGAUCCACACAUGCAAACAUUUAGAAAACACUCAGCCUCUCUUAGAGACCAGAUCUUCCUCCAGCAGUACACACUGCAACUGAAACCCCAAAAAACUGGCAAGUCUUUCUUCAAUUGCACAUUCCUCAGACUUGCCUCCU